AUGGAUCGAAUCUUCCUUUGUGGCAACCGUGGCCACGCCUUCGUGAAUUUCAUGCAGAGCGAGACGGCCAAGAAGUUCCAAGAGGAUUUCAAUGGCAAGAAGCUCAAGGACUGCUUCGAGGCAUGUGAAGAAGACAAGGAGUGUAGCGUCGUCGUCGCUCGCAUGGAGAGUGUGGAGAAGACCAUCCACCGCGUUCAGUUGCGAAAGGACCCGGACGCACCGGAAUCGCCUUGGCUUCCUCUGCUGUUCGGAGAGGAUGGUGAG